AUGCCAGCUCCUAGCAGCAUCCAGUAUCUCCUCCAAGGAAAAUGGAUGGCCACAGAAGAACUUCCACCUGGAACUUGCUUCAAAUGUAGCAAAGCCAGUCACAGAGGGAGCCAGUUGGCCUUGGAAGAUCGUGUGUGGGAACUCUUACAGGAAGCAGACAGGACAGCGGAAGCUAACAAGGCUCAAGGUCAGGUGUAUGAUGCCAUGGCCCAGACUCUGGGUGAAGCAUGGACAACCCUGGUCUGCAUGCUUGAAAGAAGAAGGGAGCUCCUAGAGCUGACUUCUGAGUUUUUUGAAAGUGCUUUGGAGUUUGCUAUAAAAAUAGACCAAGCUGAAGCUUUCCUGCAGAAUCCUCAUGAGUUUGGGAGCGUGGAGACCUUACAGUCACUUCUUCAGCUUCAUGACCGCCAUGCCAAAGAACUCCUAGAAAGAUCCCUAGUCCUUUUAAACAAAAGUCAACAACUCACUGACUUCAUAGAAAAAUUCAAGUGUGAUGGAUCUAAUAUGAAUUCUGAGCUGAUUCAGGGAGCUCAGAGUAGCUGUCUGAAGAUCGACAGCCUCCUUGAACUUCUACAAGACAGGAGAAGACAGUUGGUCAAGAACUUGCAGCAACAGCGGCAGGAACUGGCUCAGGUUCUACAGUUGUGUCUGUGGGACCAACAAGAAAACCAGGUUACUUGUUGGUUUCAGAAAAUGAUCAGAGAUCUGCGGGAACAGAGUCUGGGUUCGUCACUUUCCGACAACAAGGAGCUAAUCCGUAAGCACGAGGACCUGGAAGCCAGAGCUAAGGAAUGGAAUUCAGCCAUAGAGAAGCUGAAGAGCCAGGCCCUGGAGAUCCUACUGUCCAAGGACUUCACAGAAAAAGAACACCUACAGCUCUCGAACCAGAAACUGAGUCGACUGCAGGAAGAGUUUGGUCGACUCAUGGUGGAAAGAAAAGCCUGGUUGACAAUGGCACAUGACUUUUUUAACAGGGCUAAUAAGGCAUUUGAUGUACUUGGAAAAGUCGAAGCUUACCUUAAGCUCCUUAAAUCAGAGGGUUUAAGCCUGCCUGUCUUGGCAGUGAGGCAUGAGGAAUUACACAGAGAAAUUAAAGACUCCGCAGCCGAUGCUCUGCAAAAGGGACAGGCCUUAAUCAGCCAAGUAGACUCCUGCGGCUCUAAGGUGACAGGUAUCCAUGAGAUGAUGGAAUGUAUUCAGAAACGAGUGGAUCAUCUCAGCGAACAGUGCACAGCGCACAAGGAAUUUGCCACAGUGGUAAGAGUUGGAAAGUAUUCCAUGGAGUGCCAGACAAAAGAAGCUGUGGAAAUCCUCCACAGGCAGUUCAAUAAGUUUGCUGCUCCUUCAGUGCCUCAGCAAGAAGAAAGGAUUCGGGAGGUCAUGGACCUUGCUCAGCGCCUAUACGGUUUGGAAGAAGGACAGAAAUAUGCUGAGAAGAUUGUCACAAGACACAAGGAGAUUCUUGAAUCUAUUACUGAAUUAUGUGGGUCUCUCGUAGAGCUUAAAGAAAAACUGAAGCAGGGAGAUGUUCCAAAGAUGAAUCCAAAGUUGGAAGCUUUCCACGACAUUUGCAUUGACCUCCUAAAGGAGCCGGUGAGGAAUGAGCAGACACCAUUCAGUGAAGAAAGGAAUGAGGGGCAGAUGCGAGGAGAAGAUACCUUGGCCAUCCAUGGAGCCCGGGAAGAUGGGCUUCCUGUGGACUUGAGGCAGUCCUCACCUGACAAAGAGGCCAGUGCCCCGGGUCUGAUCCUGCCAGAAGACAUGUUGUCUGGGGAGGAGUCUGAGUGUAUCUCAUCUGACGACAUCUCCUUGCCUCCACUCCCAGCCAGCCCCGAGUCCCCUCUGGCACCAUCCGACAUGGAGGUGGAGGAACCUGCCAGCUCUUCCACCCUCAUGCUCCACGUCAGCGGCGGCGGCAGGACACACGCAGGGACUGGUGUUCUAGGGGAGGCCCAGGAAUCGGUUCUCCCACCACCCGUUGCCUUUGCUGACGGGUGCCGUAAUGAGAAAGACACAUUUACAAGUCACUUUGAGAGGCCCUACCCCCAACUCAAAGCUGAAUCCUCGCUAACCUCCAAAGGAUCAGUGGAGAUGAGUACCAAAUUACACAUCCAUGUGAAAGGUCCAACAAGCAUGCCCCUUGAAGUGCACGACAGAGCUUUGCAGCAAGACGCCCAGGCUCAGGAGAGCUCGCUAGAAACCCAGGAGAAAGUGCAUGCCGAUUCUAAUGUCACUAAAACCCAGGACAGGCUGCAUGAUGCCCCUGAUGUAUCCCCCGGCCUCAGCUCUCAGUCAGGCACCAGCAGGAGGCCAGCAGGUCCCCAAGGAGACAGGAAAAACUCCUCUGCAGAGAGCAGCGUGGUCAGCCUAGCUGGCCAGGCGCCUCAUUUCUCCAGGCUGCUGUCCAAUGUAACUGUCAUGGAAGGUUCCCCGGUGACUUUGGAAGUCGAAGUAACAGGAUUCCCAGAGCCUACACUGACAUGGUUCAAGAAGGGCCAGAAAUUGUGCACAGAUGGACACUUACAGGUUUUGCACAAGGACACAAAGCAUUCGGUGUUCAUUCCAAAGGUAUGUGAGGCAGACGCUGGCCUCUAUGUGGCUCAAGCCCAAAACUCUAGUGGCACCCUGUCUUCCAGUGCCAUCCUCCAUGUGACAGGUAACCACGAGCCACCAAUCACAAGAAUAAACUGGAUUGUGCUGUGUGUCAUGUACGUCAGUGUAUCACUAAUAUACUGGCUACUUGCACAGUAGUGAGGUAUUGUCAUCAAUGGACAUUGUCACAAAGCUAAAGGACAUUGUGGUUGUUUAUUUUCUCACAUAUCACACAAAGCACCCCCCACCAAUUUAUCUCUACUCUGAUCACAUUGUUUGUUUGACUAAUACCACUGCUAGGUGAAAUCAUUGCUUUUUUUCUACUGUUUAAUGUAUUUGGAGAACAUGGGAAAUUAUGUACAGUGUAUAAUAACAUAUUUUGUACUCUGGGAAGAGAAAUAUCUUCUAUAAUAUGCUGAUUCCUUGUUUAAAGGCAUGUGAAUGCUCACAUCAGCAUAGAGGUGUAAUCUAAUUUUCAAAUCCAAAUGUUUGAUAAUUUCUUUUUAACUGUGUUCAUAAAUAUCUCUUUGGAGGGCAUUACAUCAAACUGAAGUUAUGAUUUUCAAUAUUGUAUUCUCUCUCCUGUAACUGUGCUUUUCAUGUCUUGAUUUUGUUUACUGAAACAUUCUCUACAUUCAACAUGCUCUCCAUUCCUGAGUCUGAGAAAGUCUGUCAAUAGCCAUCCGUUGUGUUGAUCUCUUGGGCUUGACACUGGAGGACAGACAUGCCAUCGACUUUAAAAUGGAAUUUCAACCUUUCUAUUAGCUCUGUAUGCCAUACGUCAAGAUGGAAGACAGGCUACUGGAGGGGACCAAUGUUCUUGUCCUUCUUCUGCUGUGUGUCGGCCAUUGAGUGCAUAACUGUAGACGGGUCCUCCUGCCUCUGAUGUUGCUGCUGCUGCUGAACACUUGGGGAGCCAAUUACAAGGCAUCUCAGUGCCUCACUUUCCCAUCUGGAAAGGGGGGGCUCAUCUACCUCUUGACAACUGUGUUUUUAGUUCAUGUCCUGUGGUGAUCUGGCCAAUGGAAAAGUGCUCAAUGAAAACUCAUUUUAAUGCUUGGGGUGACUUGCCAUCCUGCAGCUCCUUGCCCAUUAAUUCCCUUUCAGAUGCUGAUCUUUUGGAAUAUUAAAUGAAAAGAGCGCUGUUAAUAUGUAAUUCCCUACUACUCCCUUGGGGGAGGGUGAGACUGAUGUUCUAUGAAUUAGAGUUUAAAUUCCUUUCUAACUUCUUACAUCUACAUCCUUUUCAAAGACUUGAUGUUAACCUCAGGAGGAGAUCAUUAGGAUGUUUUAGGGGACUCUGGGUAAGACAGAAGAAGAUUAAUCCAGGCUUCUUGUGCAAUUAUCACUGUAAUGGUGAAGAAUGGUAUACGGUCUUCAGAAAUGCAUUAUUCAGAAUGGACGAUCAUCUUUUUUGCUUCCUUUGAAAAAUAAGAGAGGAAUUUGUUUUUUAUAUUUUAAACUUUGUCUGUCUUGUUAAGGUAAAAUCUUAGGGUGAAAGAGUAAUUUAUUUCAGAUUUUUGAUGAAGGGGAAAAGUUAAUUAUGUUGCUAGAAGACUGUCUACAAAUAAUCAAAAUAUUUAAAUCUAAUAUAUUCUAUGUGGUAUUAAAAAGCUACUGAACGUCGUGGAAGAUGAGAAAUGUAGAGUUAAGUAAAAAGUUGGCUUAUUUGUGUGUCACAUAUUCAGUUUAAUUAAAAAAAUUAAAACUCUGUGUUUUUUUUCAAGUUUUGACAGAAAGCUAUUAAAAUCUUAUAUAUACACAGCA